GAAAUUUAUGCGAUAAUGCCUGAGAAAUCAAAUAGGAUGAUAGAGUCGCCAAUUCCCAUUCCGCCCGAAGUUGGUCUUAAGGUUGGGUAUCCGAGACCUAUCGGUCAUCAGGAUGGUUUGCAAGUGGAUUGGGAGACACAAACGAGAUAUGAGGCAGCGCUCAUACAGCGAGAAAUUGUGGCGGAGCUGGAAGGAAACCGACAAUUUCUAAGACAAUAUCGAAGAAUAUUGGGAGUGAGCGUCAUGUGGUUCUGGGUUCUCAUAUUGGCCAUUGUGACUCUUCUGGCUGCUGAAAUUGGGGGCGGAAUCGCCGGUGGUAUGAAAAAUAACAACAACAAUAAUCAUUUAAAACAUAGUCACACAGAGAGUUCAGAGGUUAAAUCGCCAUGUCAGGUUGAUUCAGGGGCAAACAACAACUCUAUACUAGUAGCGACAUCACAUCAGGAUACAGUAUCGACGAAUUUCCGCCUAUUUUGCAAUCGAACUUUCGAUGUAGCUUCGAGUGUACGUCUUAUGCAGUUUACAAUACCUGAUUCUAUUGCCAAUAUGGAUGGCUAUAUGGAAGUAUGUUUAGACCACAAUGCAGGAGGAUCUAACACUAGUAAUAAUGAGUUCAACGGCUCGUAUUAUGCUGUUACGAUCAAUAAAAACAAGACGACCGGACAGCAAUGGUGCAAGUUGUUUUCAGCGACUGAGUGGGGAGUUGAUGCAAUUGGAGCAGACUGUGCUGUUAAUCUCUCGCCACUCAGCCUAUCUGACACUACUAUCUUUCAGACCCGAGUGAGAAACACCACACUUACUUCGACUGCCCUUGAAGGAUGUACACCUGCGUCAAGUGGAGGUUGCUUAGAUGUAUCCAUAACAAAAGGGGUUGUAACGACUGCCACUAUAGCUAGCCUGCAGUCCGUUGUUUCUCUCCCAGAGAUGGUGAUCGGAGGUCAAACCCUGAUGGCAUCAAAGCCAGCAUCCACCACCUAUUGAUGAAUGAAUUUAUCACAAGGGGGAUUUUUUUCGGCGAAUAUAACGACA